AUGAUUGCUGUUUUCAUGGAUGUUUAUUCUUCGAGUAAUUCAACAAGACUCAGGCAGCAGCGCUGGGAUGAUGCGAGCACGGGAUUCGGGGCUGCAACUCACGUCGGCGACGCUGACAGUUGCAGGCCACGGAUGUUCGACCGCGUGAGGAGUGAUGGAGGUUCUUCCAGCGAGGGCAUUAGCGCGAGGAGGCGGAGCGCGACAGUUCUGGUCGGUAGGAACGGAGGCUACACGUCGCGCAGAAACAGAGCGGUAGAACGCAGGUUGCUGCGCACAUGGCAGGGCGGCGGAGAAAUGGUGGUUUUUCUGCGGAACAAUGGGGUUUUUUUGGAAGAGGACUAUCUUGAAGGUCAUAAUGUUACACGUGCUAAAGUUGGAGUUAAGCCAUUGAAGUGGGACAAACAACUAGAAUCACUUGCUCAUGAAUUUGUGAAUGAACAUAUUGCAAAUUGUAGAGGACUAAUGUCAACGCCUCAUUAUUCUUCUAAUAGUAUCUACGGCCGAAACUCUGGAUAUAAUCCGUAUCAUGCUUCAGCAGCAUCUGCAGUGAAGGCAUGGGUAGCACAGGGACGAAACUAUGACCCCAAAUCUAACAAAUGCAUUGAUGGUAACCCUGCCAGUUGUCAUUGCUACGUUCAAGUUGUUUGGGGUGCAUCAACUUAUUUAGGUUGCGCAAGAGGUGACUGCCACAAUAAUGAAGGCACCCUUGUUGCUUGUUAUUAUCAUCCUGGCGGCAACUUUCCAGCUCAACGCCCCUACUCAAUGAAUUAA